AUUUGGGCUCCCUAGAUGAAGAAUCUAAAGUUAGGGCUAGUGCCAAAAUUUUUGCAUGUCAGAUUGGGGACCAUGUUUCUCUUGGCAAUAAUUUUUCUCCUAAGCGCAUUCUGUGACAUGGGAUCAGUAUAUUAUUCUUCUUAUGAAAAAGUCAUCCCCAAGAGAUUGCUAGGCAAGGGAAGUGAAGACCCAGGAGAAAAAGUGUCCUAUAUGUUGUUUAUGCAGGGCCAGAAGCAGCUGGUUCACCUGAAGGUAAAGAGAGACUAUUUUGUGAAUGACUUUCCAGUCUAUAGUUACCACAAUGGCAUGCCAAGGCAAGAAAUGCCUUUCCUCGCACAGGACUGCCACUAUGAAGGCUAUAUCGAAGGAGCGCCAGGCUCUUUUGUUUCUGUCAACAUCUGCUCAGGUCUCCGGGGAAUCCUGAUUAAGGCGGAAACAUCCUACAGCAUUGAGCCCAUGCUUUCCUCCAAAGGGUUUGAACAUGUCCUGUACACCAUGGCACGUCAACCUCGAGUUUCCUGCAGUGUAACUUCCAAGGACAGUCAGGAGGUCGCCAGCCAGCAGCAAAGGAGCAGGAAGCCUCUUGACCUACAGGUGCUGUCCUACUUGUGGUCACACACCAAAUAUGUGGAGAUGUUUAUUGUGGUCAACCACCAGAGGUUCCACAUGUGGGGAAGUAACAUGAGUGUGACGGUCCAGGCAGUAGUGGACAUCAUUGCUCUGGCCAACAGCUUCACUAGGGGAAUAAAUACAGUGGUGGUGCUGAUGGGAAUGGAAAUUUGGACUGAGGGUGACCUGAUUGAGGUCCCAGUGGACCUGCCCAUUACGCUCAGGAAUUUCAACCGCUGGAGAGAGGAGCAGCUCCUGAACCGGGCAAGGCAUGAUGUUGCCCACAUGAUCAUUGGGCAUCACCCUGGAGCGAACUCCGGUCAGGCAUUUCUCAAUGGCGCCUGUUCAAGCGGGUUUGCUGCGGCCGUCGAGUCCUUCCACCAUGAAGAUGUCCUCCUCUUUGCAGCGCUCAUGGUCCAUGAACUUGGACACAACCUGGGUAUUCAGCAUGACCUCCCGGCCUGCCUUUGUAAAGAUAGGCACUUUUGCCUCAUGCACGAGAAUAUCACUAAGGAAAGUGGCUUCAGCAACUGCAGCUCUGUCUACUUCCACCGUUUUCUCCAGGACCACAAAGGGGCCUGCCUAUUUAACAAGCCCUGGAGCCAAAGCCACCAGAGCCGCAAGCGCAGAGAAGCCCAGUGUGGAAAUGGUGUGGUGGAGGCAGGGGAGGAGUGUGAUUGUGGCAGUGACUGUGAAAAUAACAACUGCUGUGAAGAAAAUUGUCAUCUGAAGGAGACUGCACAGUGUAGCAAUGAGCCUUGCUGUUCUCGAUGCCAAUUUAAAACAAAGGGACAAACUUGUCGUCAUGCUAAUGGAGAAUGUGACCUCCCAGAAUACUGUACUGGAACCUCUGCAACAUGCCCGGAAAACAGGCUAGUGCAGGAUGGCUCAAAAUGUCAUGGUUCUUUCCUUUGCUCUCAUGGUCAAUGCAUGGACCCUAACUAUCAGUGCUCUCUUCUUUUUGGGUAUAGUUCAAGGGCAGCUCCAAUUGAAUGCUAUAGCUCUCUGAAUGGCAAAGGGAACCGGUUUGGAAAUUGUGGCAUUUCCUCUGAGUCUCCGAGAACAUAUGCAAAGUGUUCAGAAAAUAAUACACUGUGUGGGAAACUUAUAUGUACUGAAGCUACUUUCUUACCACCAAUCAAAGACAAAUAUAUAUUGAUCCAGGUCCCUCUUGAUCUGGAAUGGUGCUGGAGUAUGGCUGCUUUGGACUUGACAGACAGCCCUGAUGAAGGACAUGUGCAGAAUGGCACUUUCUGUGCUCCAGGAAAAGCUUGUGAGAAGUACUUUUGUGAAGACAUUGUUGUAUUGGAAUCUUCCUGUGAUCCAGAACGAUCAUGUAGUGGGCAUGGAAUUUGCAAUGAUUUAGGGAACUGCCAUUGUUUGCCUGGCUUUGCACCUCCUGACUGCAAAGACAAAGGAGAUGGGGGCAGUGUGGACAGUGGUCCCCCUAUAAUGCCAAGUGUAAAACCUCCCGAUGUAGAUGCUGGUCAAAAUGAUAGCAAAGAAAGUACUGAAGAAUUGGCAAUAAAAUUAAAAUUGCUAGUAAUUGCUAUCGUUUUGUCACUAAUAGUACUAUUAAUGGCUAUCUGUGCUAUGAUUGUGCAUAGUGAGUCACUGGAGCAUUUAGAAGCUCUUCCAGAAGACAGAGAAAAGGUUCCAGAACAGGGCCUGGCAGAAAAGGAAGAGGAGAAA